UGGUGAAAGUUUACAUGGUUUGAUUUUUUUUAGAAAAACUAACAUUAUGCAUUGGAACGGAGGUACUACAUAAUUGUACUAGUUUAAUGUUUAUUACUAUAUUAGAUUAGCUCAAUCUACACGGCUCUCCUCUUCUCUUCUAGGUAAUGUCGGAAUUAGGAAGAAAAGAAUGGUUUUACCAAAAUUAUUUUACCAAUAUACUCAGUAACAUAUGGUUUCCCCAUUAAACUUGCUUAAUUUUGGUACCAACAUGAAUUUAUAAUGGAUAUGAUCGUGUGCCAAUCAUAUCACAAGUCAGAACCUUUAAUUUCCCCCUUCCUCUUUUUCUCAGCUCUUGGCAACCCUAAUUAAGCUAUGUGGAUUCAGUCAAAGCGGUUAUGAUUUGUAUUUCUUCAAUAAUUGUACUAGUUUAAUGUUUGUUUAUUAGAUUAGCUCAAUCUACAUCAGUCUCCCCUUGUCUUGCUGGUAAUAUCGGAUUUUGUUUUUGAAUGGUGGCAAUGUCAGAAUUAAGAACAAAUGAAUAGGUAUACCAAAAUUGUUUUAACAAUAUAGUAACCGAUGGUUUACCCAUUAAACUUGCUUAAUCCGGGUGCCGCCGGAGAUUUAGGAUGGCUGUUGGCUGAUCAUGUCGCACACUAUCCAUCAUCUGUACCCGAUAAUCCCAACAGCAUUCUUAAUAGGCACACAAAAAUUUAGUCCAACAACUGUGUAACAACGACGUGCCGUGAGCUCAUCAGUCAAUGAAAGAAAUGCAUAUAAUUAGGAAAAGGAAAAGAAGCUGCAUGGAUAUGGGCAACAAAUAGGACUCGUCCGUGUCUCCAUGAUGAAGAGGAUAGAAGUUGUUGGCCGAAUUAUUUCAUUGUGUGCCAAUCCUAUCACAAGUUAGAACCAUUCCCGCUCUCAUUUCGUAAAAUUGGUCUUGCCGUUGCAGAUCACCAGAUAUGCUUCAAAACGAUUAAGCGGCUGGUUUGUUGUGCUCAAUCCCGCUGCCAUAUAUUCUUAUUACAGCAUUGUUUAGUUCAUCAUGGUUGUGUUCCUUAUCACCACGGCCACGCUUUAUUGAUCCCUGCUUCACGGUUAUCAUCCUGUAGAAAGAAUCGAUGCGCAACUCAGUCUCCAAGAAAACACUGCAGCACAUUUUUUUAUUGCCAACGUACUAGUACUUAGCAAUAUCAUCACGACGAUAAUGAUAGUGUUCUCCUUCCUACCCUUGGUGAUGCUGUCUCCUUGGUCUUGCCUUAAAGAAAACAAGGAUAACUUCUUCAAAACAAAAACAAGGAUAACAAACAUCAUGUCGGUGUUUCAGUGAUCUGGCGACCUUAUCCAAAGUCAGUCUAUGAGCCAAGCUAGGGCGCAUGUUAAUCCGCCGAGGAGUAGAUCACAAAUGCAACUUGCUUUGUGCUGUGUCUUUUCCUACAGUUAACUUCAGGCUGUCGAUUACAGGACUUGACUUUUGGAGCCAUGAAUUAGGUUCACUCUCCAAGCUGGGUAAAACAUAAUUACUCAGCUAGUGGAUGCCCAACAGCUUGCGAUUCGUGUAGGAUUGGAGCAUUACGUGACGUUUUGUAUUCUUAUCUCUGAAAAGGAGUACGUAGUACCUUGUUUAGCAUGGGGCCCUCUGGAAAUUUGGAUAGACUGGUCACUGGUUCACGGAUGAACAAGAAAAGUCUCUGGCCUGGGCCAAUCACUCCCAUGGAUUCCUUUUCCUUGCGGUUGGAGCAUCUGUCCCUUUUGAGUUUGGUCACCAUCUGACGGCACCGCCACAAACAAACGUGCGAUUGCGUGGCUUCCCCUGCCCGUCUCGUUACUUGUCUUGCUCUAGCAGGAUUGAUCGUCCGUCCCACGGCGAUUUCAUGAGUUACCUUGGAUAUUGAUUGAUUGCUCCGCGAAUCGUUCGAAGGUGUAGGAUCAAGAUGAAUCAGGCUAGCACGGCAGGCGCGAGUGAUCCGUUGAAGAGAUCGAGCGGGGACUGCUUCGACUGCAACAUCUGCCUGGACUUCACCGUGGAGCCGGUGGUCACCCGCUGCGGCCAUCUCUACUGCUGGCCCUGCAUCUACGAGUGGCUGCGCCGCAACGGCGACGAGGGGCACGCCGGGGUCUCGACAGGGCGGCCGUGCCCCGUGUGCAAAGGACCGCUCACGCUGGACUCGCUGGUGCCGCUCUACGGCCGCGGCAGCAGCCGCUCCGAUAAGCCGCUGCCUCACCCGGCCAUUCCGCGCCGGCCGGCCGUGCACCGGGAGGCCGUCGGGGAGCAGAUCGGCGGUGGCAGUGGCCUUCAGCACGUGAGCACGGAUCCCGAUUGGCUCACUCGUUCACCCGGUCAAGCGCAUCACCACCAUGCCGAUGCCGCGCGGUUCGACGUCCUAUACCCUCCUCCACGUCUCGGAGGCGGCGUGAACGUGAUGCACUCGACGUCCGGAGGGGUCCUUGGAGGGAUGGCAAUGGCGGUACUCCCCUUGGUGUUCCGCGGCCAGGUGCCGGCGUCGAGUGAGCACUACUACUCCAGCCCAUACAAUCCGGCCGCCCUGCAAUACAUGAGCCCUAGGCUGAGACGGCAGCACAUGGAGGUGGAGAGGUCUCUGCAUCAGCUAUUGUUCUUCCUCUUUGUGUUCGUACUGCUAUGCCUGCUCUUGUUCUGAUCUCUGAAGCAGAUAUUUUGCAACUUCUAUAGAUAUAGCAUCUGGUGUACAUAGCGUGUGGUGUACAGAUAGUAAAAGAGGCUAGCGGUAAACAAGAUUCCGGCCUAUGUGACAAGAAUUCAGCAAGAGCUCAUGAAAAGUCUGGGACGUGCCUUGUUAGGGCAUGUAUAAUGGGGUGA